ACUUCUGGUCACACUACUAAGCAUGGGUAAACAUUUACAAAAAAGUUUUGGAGGAAAUUCACGUAUUUGAGGGCUUUUGGGCAGUUAUUCUUAAUUUGUGACCCAAUCGUCCAUAAAGGAUGUCCAGAUAGGACAGCUCAAGGCGGGAGAAAAGCCGGCUGCGCGCAAUCAAAAUGCAGGACGGUCCUCUGCCGGAUUCCGGCAGCGAGGGAGAUUACCGUGGCGUCAAAACCGAAAAGAUGGACGUUUCUGGACGUGAGGCGGAAGCCCAUGAAUUAAAUUGUACUAUUUGCGGAGCCAAGAAAGCAUCGCCACUGCUGGACCUGCGAACCAAUCAGGCGAUGCAUCGUCGGCUGAGCCGCGAAUGGAAGAUGCAGGCCGAUGUUAUUCGCUCAACACUGAAAGCCAUAUGCGUGGAGUGUGUCUGCAAGCUAAACAUGCACUCGGAGGUCACGCGGUCUCUCAUGCAACGGAUGCAGCGGUUGCAACGCUCCAACACUGUGACCACCACUACAGUGACUCCCACUCAGCUUAGUCCCCCUAUCGCCGAUGCCGAGGUCUCGACCACGUUGAUCGAUUGCCAGGAGGAAGGAGAACGGCGAAACAGGCACAGCUGUCGCAGCUCCAUGUCGUCUCACAAUGGUCUGGAGGCCUAUUCCGCUCAACCACCCGAAUCCCCCUCGGCAACAGAGUCCGGUGGCAGGCACGCCGGCACCCAGUCGGGAUGGAGGUGGCGCACGCGGCUGGAGUGCCAGCAUUGCGGACGAGCCUAUUUCCGGCGGGACUAUUUUGCUCAGCACAUACGAAGAUGCAGGAGCAGCAGAGACCAGACUCGAACAUCAUGGCCCAAGUGCCGGGUACUCAAUGAAGCUAGCAUUGAUGGCGAGGAGCAGAGUCCCGUCCGCACUUAUCACUGCCGAUCCUGUGAUGAGGAUUUUUCCAGCAAAAGCAACCUGCGACAGCACGAACGUUCAAAGCACCGUUCCAAGUAUUCCUGUGACUUGUGCGAUGCCAAAUGUGACACUAAGUACGAAUACGAAAUGCACCACACCAUUUGUAGUGCCAAAAAGGAGGCCCUUCAAAGGGAUGAAGCCUCUCAACCCACGUCGACGGAGCGAAAGGUGCGGUCCACUCGUUCCCGCUCCCGGGCCUGUUCCAAUUUCCGAGAGGUAAACGAAACAGUGGAUAAGAUGGAAGAAGACGACAGCGACGAGGAUGACGAUCAGGAGGAGGCCAUGUACACGCGGCGCAUGAACUUCACGGGCGACUGGAUAGUGAACCACAGUAGGAGCAAUAGCAACAGUGCUCUAAAUGUAUCCGCCCUCUAUGACGACUACGAGCCGGGGGAAACGCACAUAACAACGGACAAGGAGUACGAUCUCUACCAGCUGGACCUACUGAAGGCUCAGGUCCGUCUGAAUGCCUUCUCCUGCUUUUCCCCAGCCUGCUGUUAUCAGACCAACAACUUGGUGGCCCUGAUGAAACACGACUACAUGCAGCACUGGAAAAUGAGCUGGUUCUACUGCAACAAAUGUGGCGAUGUCUUCACGAGCAAAGUUUUCCUGGAUUACCACAUGCAUCGACAGAACCGCGGCCUAUUCAUUUGCCAUAAAUGUCGCGACGAGUUCGAGUUCCAGCAUCAACUGGACCGCCACCUGCUGCUCCACAGCAAGGGCAUCAACUACCACUGCAACUUCUGCCGUUUGGAGUUUCUCAGCGAGUCCAAGCUGCUGGCCCACUGCAAGCGCAGCGGUCACAGUCCGAACGAUGAGCCCUUGAUCCGGAUCGAACGCUCGCUCUCCAUUAGCAAUAUACCUCAUCCCGAAGCUGCCCGCAGCACACGCCAGGAGUACCAGGAGCGGGAAUUUUAUAUACCGCGGGUCAAAGUGCCCUCACUGCGCCCGAUGCCCUUGCCCAAUCACAAGCCAUUCCGCUUCUCGAUCGGCAUUGUGGAGUUUGACGAGGGCAACCCACCCAACUGCGUUGGAUGCCAUUGAAGCACACCCAGGUCUUUUCUCCCAGUCAGAGCUUGCAAUAUUAGCCAGUAAUUUGUGUCCAUUGUCUUUUCAUGAAGUCUGAUGUUCAAAAUCAUAGUGAUCUUCUAUGUUCGCCACCGAUCGCGUAUUUUUGUAAAAAAAAACCACAAAAAGAAAGACUUUGUAUUCUUUUGAUUCUUCAGUCAGUUUAUUUUUCGUUCUUUCGGGUGUAUAAGGAUAAUUUAGAUUGCAUUACAACUUGUAGGUUACUUACUAGGGUCUAGGUCUAUAACUUGCGUGUGAAGUCGGGUGUGUGGACUGUGGAUCCUAUGUACAGAGUUUCUCGUAUAUAACAACUUAAUGUGUAUAAGUAUGUGUUUAUAUUUAAAGAGCCUAUUGCAUUGCCCCCAGCGCAUGGUUUUCGUUUUGUUUUGUUGCUUAGAAGUAAGUAGUCCUAGUCUAAGGAUCGAACUUAAGGUACUCUUAGAACUAAUCAAUUUGCU